AUGUCGACUUCAAAGGAACUCGCCAUUGUACUGGCAAAUCCAGACAAAUGCUAUUAUCCUGGUGACGUAAUUUGUGGCCAAAUCAGAAUAGACUCUAAAAAGUCGAUCGACAUUCAGCAUCUGUCUGUUAAUUUUGCUGGUUGCAUUGAUGGCUGUGGUGACAAGACAACCGUAAUCAACAGUACUCAACUGUUAGCAACAGCCACGGCAGGCAGAAAAUACACCACGCUCAGCCCUGGAAAGUGCCAUACUUUUGAUUUUGAGUUCGGGAUUCCAGCAGAUGAUAGAUUACCGAGCUUUGCCAAUAUUCCAAAAGUGGCCAAAAUCACCUACCUGAUCACAGCAACUCACAAAAAGCCCAUGUUCAAAUUAUCACCCACUUUAUCAUCAGUAACUCAAGAGAUCAAGGUGCUGGAUAUGAUCAAUGUGCUGCUACCUGAAUACCGGGCGCCUGUAAAGAUGAACAAGGAUCUAGGCUUCAUCAAUGGCAGUAAACUGUCGCAAUGGUGCUUAAACCUACCUAAAUCAGCUUUUCGCCGAGGUGAGCAGGUCAAGCUGGAGUGCCAAAUUCAACAUUUCCCAGCCAUGCAAAAGUCAAAGGCCAUUAAGAUAACAUUAUCAAGACAAGUGCAUAAAACCAGUUCUGCAAAGGUUGUGGAGAACAAAGUGCUAUCCACUACUACCAUUGAUUUGGACACAAAAGAUAGCUCGCCAAGCCAGACUUUUCCCAUUGCACUGCAAAUACCAUUAGACACACCACCCAGCAUAUUUCCUGAUACAGGCAGAACACUCAGCGUGUCUUAUGUUAUACAAGCUGAAUUGAAGAUGAAGGGUGUCAAAUCAGCCAUCAAGUUGAAAUCAAUGUAUAAGCAGGAAGCUGCUAUAGUCAUUGGUACCUUUCCAGUUGAUAAUACACCAACAGCUCCCAACAGCAAUUCCUCUUAUAUAUCACUACAUACACUAGGAUCAGCACCAUCAUCACCGCUGCCAGCACAUAAAAAAAGCACAACUGCUCUGUUACCUGAUAGAAGAAGCAGUAGUGCACUGCCAGUGCAUUCGCCAUCGCCACAUCAAGUAUCAUUCUCUGGAUUUGAUAAUAUCAAGCCAUUGCCUAGGUUGGAAGAAAUCACUAAAAAACAAAUUUAUGAUGGCCGUCAUUCAUCCUCAUCUUCAUCCUUACUUGUACCCAAAUCACCGUCAUCACCACCACCAACAUCAUCUGCAUCACAAUCACCAACACCAUCAGCAUCCAUGCUCACAUCAUCUUAUCAACAAGAAUUUGAUGACUAUAUACCAACUACACCGCUUAGAAGAUUGUCCUUUUCAUCCGCUCAGUCGUCUACAUCCACAGCAGUAAACAGCAUCGACAGAUCUCUGACACCACUGCCAUCUAUGCAAGCGACUCAAGUCAAUCCGUUCAACACAGUGAGCUAUCUAAAUCGCAAGAGUGCUCCAAGACCCUCUUUACUAUCCGUCCAUUCACAAACACCUCAUGAAAUUGGCCCUGGCGAUGUUAUUACAAAGCAAGGCAACAGCAUCGAGAAACCGCAUUGCGAUUAUUUCGAUGCCAAGACACUGGAGACAAAUGGCGACUAUGAGGAGCGCGGUUCCACCCCAGGAUUAUUAUCGAGACAUGACACUAUGUCGACAGCGUCUUCAGGUGGAUUGUGCGAUCCAUUUCAACCCAUGUCCCCUCCUCCUCUACUUACUACUACCAAAGGUCCCAUUAUGCUGUCUCCCAUCAGCAAAUCAAACUAA